UCCUGCGGUGCCGCCCACACCCCCGCGUGAUCAGGUCGGGGAGGCCGGAGCUCUGCCUUCUGAGGACUCUGUACUUGCCCAAGAGGGGAACACUGAGGAGGGACAUGGCUCUAUAUUCUUGACCAGCAGGACCCAAGAGUCACUGACAUUCAAGGAUGUGGCUGUGGACUUCACCCAGGAGGAGUGGUGCCUUUUGGACCAUUUUCAGAAAGAGCUGUACAAGGAAGUGAUGGUGGAAAACUCCCAGAACCUGCUCUUCCUGGGAAUUCCAGUUCUCAGAGAAGAUUUGAUCUCCCAUUUUGAGGAAAGGGAAGCAUCAUGGAUCCUCAGUCAAAUAGGCCUGAGGAACUCCUGCCCAGAUGCGGAAUCAGGGUCUGAGGUGAAUGAGACUACUGCAAAGCUAAGCCUGUCUGUGGAAGACUCUCACCAGCAAAGAUUGAUGAGUGGUGGUCUCUGUGACUUCAAUUUGAGAGAAAUCUGUGACUUGAAUAUCAAGAUAGAGAAAAAUUUAAAUAAUCACUAUGAAUGUGAUAAAGAUAGAAAAGGUUUCAGACAAUAUUCAGUCCUAAUUCAGUGUAAGAAAAUGACCUCCAGGAAUGAGUGUUUUCAAUAUAAUGAAGAUAGAGAAUGCUUUACUGAAAAGGUUGGGCUUAUACAGUCUUCUGAGAAGCCUCCUGAAAUGCAAAUAUGCCAAGGUAAUAACCAGGAAAUGACCUUUAAUUUGAGUUCAGACCUCAUUAGACAUAAGAGAAAUUACACUGAGAAAAUGGUUUAUAUAUUUAAUGAAGAUGGGAAGACCUUCAGCAAGAACUCAAAGCUCACUGGCCAACAUAAAAUUCACACUUCAGGGAAGCCUUAUGAAUGUAAUCAAUGUGGAAAAGCUUUCACAAAUAGGUCCAGUCUUGCUAUACACGAGAGAAUCCACACUGGAGAGAAACCUUAUGAUUGUACUCAAUGUGGAAAGACUUUCAGAACGAGAUCCAGUCUUAGUGAACAUCAAAGAAUCCACACUGGAGAAAAACCUUAUAAAUGUAAUCAAUGUGGAAAGACUUUCAGACAGAGCUCUAGUCUUUAUCAUCAUCAAAGAAUCCAUACUGGAGAGAAAACUUAUGAAUGUAUUCAAUGUGGAAAGACUUUCACAAAAAGGUCCACUCUUGCUAACCAUCUAAGAAUCCACACUGGAGAGAAACCUUAUGAUUGUAAUCAAUGUGGAAAGACUUUCAGAACAAGAUCCAGUCUUAGUGAACAUCAGAGAAUUCACACUGGAGAGAAACCUUAUAAAUGUAAUCACUGUGGAAAGACUUUCAGACAGAGCUCCAGUCUUUAUCUUCAUCAGAGAAUUCACACUGUAGAGAAAACUUAUGAAUGUAAUCACUGUGGAAAGAUUUUCACAAAAAGGUCCACUCUUGCCAUACAUCAGAGAAUCCAUACUGGAGAGAAAAUUUAUGAUUGUAGUCAAUGUGGGAAGGCUUUCCGAGAUAGGGCCAAUCUUGCUAAUCAUGUAAGAAUCCAUACUGGAGAGAAACCUUAUGAAUGUAAUCAAUGUGGAAAGGCUUUCACGCAGAACUCCAAUCUUGCUCACCAUCUGAGAAUCCACACUGGAGAAAAACCUUAUGAAUGUAAUCAGUGUGGGAAGGCUUUCACACAGAACUCCAGUCUUGCUGUGCAUCAGAGAAUCCACACUGGAGAGAAACCUUAUGAAUGUAAUCAGUGUGGAAAGACAUUCAGACAGAACUCCACUCUUGUUCAACAUCAGAGAAGUCACACUGGAGAGAAACCUUAUGAAUGUAAUCAGUGUGAAAAGACUUUCAGACAGAGGGUCUCGCUUGCUCAACAUCAGAAAAUCCACACUGGAGAAAAAUUAUAGGAAUGUAAUCAGUGUUGGUAAGCUUUCAGACAGCUCUAGUUUUCCUCUUUAUUAAAGAAUCCAUACUAGAGAGAAACCUUAUGAAUAUGAUAUGAGAGACCCCAUUUAAAAAUUUCUGGGACUCAGUGUGGGAGAAGUAUCAAAGGUCUUUAUUUAUACAUUCAGUCAUGGAUGUGCCAGCUCCCUAAUGGAAAUGGCUUCCAGCGAGGGGCUCAGGAGCCCUUUUAUCUCUUAACCCAGCUGGCUCCUCCCUUUUUCCUCAGUCACAAUCUUUGAGCCAAGACACUGGUGACAAAUGCUAGCCAAUUGGAUUGCAGUAUAGUCAAAGGGGCAGCCCUCUAAACUCCUCCCUUCUUAGUCAAAGGGGCAGCCCUCUAAACUCUUCCCUUCUUAGUCAAAGGGGCAGCCUUCUAAACUCCUCCCUUUUUCCUCAGAGGCAAGGCAGGAACAGCCCUCUAAACUCUUCCCCCACAUGACCAGCCUUGGGUCUCUCUCAUCAUGUGAUCCUGAUUGCUGGGGAAGGGGGAGGAAAAGAACCAUUAGUAAGCACCCUUCUCCCAACUGAUAUUCAUUUCCCAGACAUUAAUUGUUCCCCAGACAACGUCAAUCAGCUUUUGAGGGGGGCCCAUAUUUUCCCAUAUAUAAUUAAUGUGGCAAAACCUUCAACUAACAGUCAUCCCUAUUUCCCAUUAAAAAAUUCCCAUACCAUAGAAAUUUUAUCGCCACAAUGAAUGAGAAUAAACAUUCAAAUGGACUAUAGAGCUUGUUCAGCAUCAAAAUAUUAAUUCUGGGAAGAUGCCCUAUAUAGACUCAGUGGGGGAAGGCCUUCAAUCAGAGUGCAUCUCUUACUUUACAUCAGAGGAUUCAUAGUGGAGAGAAAUAUUAUGAACUUGCUUACUGGGGUUAUGGUUUUCUCUGGAAAAAAGAGAGCACUAGACAUGAGAAUAUUCAUACUGGAAAGAAGGCUUAUCAAAGCAAUGCCUUUUACCAAUGUCAAGGCAUUUACAUAAAACUCAUGCUUGAUUUUAAAAUGGAGAAAUCAUCCUGGAGAUAAAACUUUUGGAUCUUAAUAAUGGGAGGUGGGCAGCUAGGUGGCUCAGUGGAUAAAGCAUGGACCCUUGAUUCAGAGGACUUGAGUUCAAAUCUGACCUCAGACACUUGGCACUUACUAGCUGCGUGACCCUGGGCAAGUCAUUUAACCCUCAUUGCCCUGCAGAAAGAAAGAAAGAAAAGAAAAGAAAAGAAUGAGGGUAGGCCUCUUGCUGUGGUACAGACUUUCUUAAACAUCCCAAAUUUCAUACUGUUCAUAAAGCCCUAUAAAUAUAAUAAUUUUUUCUUUGAAAUCCUAAUGUUUGUCUUUAUUCUUCAAUAAUAUUCCAUAGCAUUUCUUUAGCCAUUCCCUAAUUAAUUAAGAUUCAUUUUGUUUCCUGUUCUUUGGUGAUGCAAAAAGUCCUGGUAUAAAUGUUAGUCCUGAUAUAAAUAUCUGUUGGACAUUUAUUUCUGUAGUGAUUUCAUAAAACACAAGGUGGCACAACGAGCAUUGUGCUGUGCCUGGAGCCACAAGACCUAACUUGAAAUUCAGUCUCUAACACUACUAGCUAUGUGACCCUGGAAGUCACAACCUAUUCCUGCCUGAUUUUCCCCAUCUAUAGAAUGGGAUAAUAAUAGCAGUUACCUCCUACAGUUGAUAUAAGGAACAAAGGAGACAGUAUUUUCAGUAAAGAGUUUUGCAAGUAUUAAGUCACAAUGGAAAAAAGUAGGUAUUGUUAUUUAUUUUAUAAGCUCUAAGUCUCAUAGUAGAGUUAGUAGGCUAAAAUGUAGAUAGUCACUUUUAGUUCAAAUUGAUAUUCAGAACAUGGUAGAGGAAGGCACUAAUUGUAACAGUAGGACACUGCCUUUUGUAUCAGGAAGACAGGUUCAAAUCCUUCCACAAAUACUGUCGUGCUCUGUAUGUCAGGAAAAGGAACAAUGAAUGACUAAUUGAUAAUAAUAACAUUGUUGUAAAGAACAAUCAGUUUGAAAGAUGUGAUUCUAAUUAUUGUCAUGACCAACCUUUAUUGCAGAAGUCUUCACUACCUGCCUCCUGAAUGAGAGGUGAUGUAUAUAAUAUGUAGAUUUUAGGACAUGGACAGUGUGGGAAUUUAUUUUGGUUAACUGCUUUCCUGACCUUUUUUUUUUGUUUUAAAUUUUAGGUAGGAGAGGAUGGCACUAAAGGAGAUUAGGAAUAGGAUUGCCCUUCCCCCACUUUAAAAAAAAAAGAAGAAGAAAAGGCAGCUAGGUGGCGCAGUGGAUAAAGCACCAGCCCCGGAUUCAGGAGGACCUGAGUUCAAAUCUGCCCUCAGACACUUGACACUAGCUGUGUGACCCUGGGCAAGUCAUUUAACCCUCAUUGCCCUGCCCCCCAAAAAAAGAGAGAGAGAAGAAAAGGAAAGGAAAUUGCUGGAUUUUUAAAAUACAUGCAAUAGAACAGGAACAAGUCAGAAGGGAUGAGUAUAGCUUUGAAAAUGCCAUAUUAGGGGCAGCUAGGUGGCACAGUGGAUAGAGCACCAGCCCUGGAUUCAGGAGGACCUGAGUUCAAAUAUGGCCUCAGACACUUAACACUUACUAGCUAUGUGACCCUGGGCAAGUCACUUAACCCCAAUUGCCUCAAAAAAAGAAAAAGAAAGUGCUAUGUUAAAUUUUCUAAUUACUCAAAAAAAAAAUCCAGCUCUGUAUGUGAGAACUUGUUUCAUGUGUAAUCUUCUUUUCAUAUUUCAUGGCAUAUAUAAAGUGUUCCUAUUUGAUGUUUGUGAAUUUCAAAAUUCAAAAUAAAUAUUGAUGGUCCUUUUUGUCAUUUUCACCAAUUUUGAAGGCAUGACAGGCAAUUGCAAAAUGAUUUUAACAUGAUUUUGUCUUACUAUUGGCACUUUAGGAUGUAUUUUUAUGUGGUCUUUCAUAGUUCUCAGUACUUUUGAAAACUUCAUAUCUGUUCAAUGCUCAUUAGCAAUGGCUCUUAGUACUCAAUGGUGUUGAUGUAUAUAUUUUGGAUAUAAAUUAAUUUUAUUGGUCAUUUUGAUGUCACAUUUGAUAUGUUCUUCACUCCACAAUUUUUUUUUCUUAUUUGAUCUUCAUUUCCUAUAUUUAAACCUUUUAAAUUUUAUAUACUUAGAAUUAUCUAUUUUUUAAACAAAAUCUAUGUCAGAUGUAAAACUCAAGCCAAAUUGUGAAUAGUACCUGAAUAGAUUUUCUUCUAGGCUUUUUUUUUAUAUGUCAACGAAAAUUCCACCUACCUCUUACACCCAAUUCACAUAAGCAUGAAAGGAAAACAAGCCCCCUAUUAGAGAUAUGUAUAAUCAAGGACACUAUUCCUACAUUGUCCAAGUCCAAAAAAACCAUGUCUUAUUCUGCACUCUGAAUCCUGCAUCUCUAUCAGGAGGUACAUAGCAUAUUUCAGCAUUUGUCCUCUGAUGUCAUAGUUUGUAAUUAUAUUGAUCAAAGUUCCUCAAUUUUUCAGAGUUCUUUUUAUUAUAAUAUUUUUGUUAUUGUAUAAAUUUUUCUGCUGGCUCUAUUCACUCCACUUUGCUUCAGUUAAUAGAAGUCUUCUCAGGUUUCUCUGAAGCCAUCCCUUUCAUAUUUUCUUACAACCCAGUUGUAUUUCAUCAAAUUCAUAUACCAUCACUUGUUCAGCCAUUCUCCAAUUGAUGGGCAUCCCUUCUCUGGUUUUAAUUCUUCAUCAUUGCAAAAAGAGAUAAAUACUUUUUCUAUAUCCUUUAUGUUUUUAUGUACCCAAAUCUAUAUGUGAGUUCUUCCUUUGUUCAGUUGAGAUAAGAGUGGGGUUUAAAUAUCAGCUCAUCCCCCAAAUAAAUCUUCUUUUGUGGUAUAGACUUCUAUCCUUUUUUCUUGAUUAUGGGACAUGAUUUUUCCUAACCCUACUCUUCCCAAUGGGUGCCUCUUCCCUUCCCUUUCCAUUCUUUUAAGGUCAUCUAGACAUCAUACACCCAUUCUCAGAUCUUUUGUAUAAUUCCUCUUAUCACCCCUGAUAUGCUUGAGUUCAUGGGGGCAUAUGUAUCAUCUCUCCAUAUUAUAAUAUAAGAACUUUAUCCUUCUUUAGUCAAUUAUUUUUUAUUUGUAUUUCCUUUUUAUGUUUCUCUUGACUCUGGUCUUUGUUUUUCAAAGUUUCUAUUCUGCCCUGGCUUUUUACUACCAAUGGUCAGAAGCCCUCCAUUUCAUUAAGAUAUUUUUCUCCUUUGUUGGAUUAUACUUUUUUCUUGUGGGUAAAUUAUUCUUGGUUGUAAGCCUUUGUCUUCUGGAAUGUUCCCAAACUCUUUACUCCUUUGUAGUAGUGAUUGCUAAAUCAUGUAUGAUCCUAGCUAUAGCUCCUCAGCAUUUGAAUUUGUUCUUUCUGGAUGCUUGCAGUAUUUUUUCUUUGACCUUCAUUGUGGAGUUGCUUUUCAUUGGUGACAGGUGAAUUCUUUCUAUCUCUACUUUGACCUCACGUUCUAAAGAGACCUGGACAGUUGUUGGGGUUUUUUUGUUUUGUUUUUAAUAGGAUGUUUAGGCUCUUAUUCUGUUCAUGACUUUAAGAUAUAAUAGCUAAACUUUAUAUAGCACUUACUUUGUGCCUCAUAGUAUGCUAAGGGCUUUAUAAUUAUGUCAUUUGAUCUUCCCAAUAACCAUCCUGUUGCAAGAAUUUUUGGAGUCCUUUUAGCCAUACCAUGAAUAAGGCAACUCAGGGUACAGAAAGACAAGUGCACUAAAGUUUACUCAUUCAAGAUUGUUACAUACACAAUCACCACGUGAUAGACGUGUGUUCUUUAAUACCCAGAAGGCAUCUUCAUAUAAAUUGAGUUAUAUAAAUUAUUGGGGAACUAGAUUAUUUUUUGCUAAAUCAUUAUGGGCCAGACUAGGUUUUUCUAAAUUGGUUAUUACACCAGUUUAGGUAUUAAGCAUUUAUUAUUAAAUCAUAUUAAAUGUUAGUACUAAGAGUUGACCUCCUGGCAUUUAACCCAAGCUGAAAACCCCGGGUGCCAUAUUUCUAAGAGAGAAAGCACAUGGCCUCAAGCCCUACAUUACCUAAUGAGCAGAGUGCUCACCAACUGACUGUGGGUCCCGACCAAAAGUGAGUUCCAGAUGGUGCUGGCCAGGAACCUCCUCUGCUCCUGACUGUUAUCCUCUUUGAAUAGAGGUGUGUCGCUACAUAUUGAUCAAAGCUAAUUGGUCAGUGUCAUUCAGUUCCAUUGACUGAGGGUGGUCCAUAUUAAAAUAAGCUCUAGCAUGAUGGCAUCAAGGUCUAGUGAAAGACAGACCCCCUGUGGGCAAAGGCAUAUUCAGAUAGGUAUGGUUUCUAUCUCCAUUCUUUGUAUACCCUGCACAGGAUUAGGCCCUGAAAGAGAUUAGAAUUUUCUCUACUAAAAAUUUACCUCUGAAGGGGGUAGAGGUAGAGAGAAAGCUGGUCCCCCAAAACCCAUUAUUAAUAAUUAUUUUCUCAAACCAUAUACACAAAUACAUGCAUGUGUAUAUAUACACAUACAAAGACACAUAUGCAUAUGUAUAUAUGUUCAGGCAUAUGUGUAUGUGUGUGUGCAUACAUGCACACACAUAUAUGCAUAUAGCUGUUCAGUUGCAUUAGACUCUCUGUGACUUCUUUUCGGGUUUUCUUGGUAAAGUUAUUGGAAUAAUUUGCCAUUUCCUUCUCCAGCUUCUUUUACAGAUGAGGAAAUUGAGGCAAACAGGGUUUAAGUGAUUUGCCCAGUGUCAUGCAACUAGUGUCUGUGACCAGAUUUGAAUUCAAGAAGAUGACUUUUCCUGACUUUAGGCCUGGCACUCACUCUAUCUACUUUGCCAUGUAGCUGCCCAUGCAAAUUUUUAUCAUUGGAAAAGAACCUACUCUUUUGAUAGAGAUUGUUGUCAUUAUGGUUAAAACAAACUUUCAAGUAUUUAAUUGGGUAUAUUUUGCUUUAAAAUGAAUAAUAAUAGUUAUUGUUUGGGAAAGUAUCCCAGACUUUGUAAAUAUCUGAAGUUUUUUGGAGGCUUUGCAGAUUUGCAGUCCCCUGGAUUUUUAGCUUAGUAAGGUCAUAAAAUUUUAUCAGCUUGAUGUGAGAAGUUACUGAAAGAAUGAUGUGAAUUUCUAAAAUAAUGAAGUAGUUUAAUGUGAAACUAGGACCUCAGAGCUGAAGGGACUAACAAGUUUCUUUUUUAAAUAGUGAUUUUACUUUGUGAUCAUUGCUUAUGAAAAAUAUGGAAUUACACCUGAAUAGUAUGUAUUAGUGUGUAAUAGUAUAUAAUAGUGUGUAAUGAUAUGUAAUUAUUAUGUAAUAGUAUCUUUGAGCCAACUUCUUGUCAACAAAUCCCAGAUUCAAAGAAUUUAUUUUUGCUUUAGGGGUUAACAUACAAAUACCUUUACAUAUCUGUCAAGCCUGAAGGCUCACAAUAGCCAGUGGUUUUCUAGAUUUUGAGUGAACUUUCCUGUAUUCAAUAUAUUAUAAAACUUCAGAAUGUGAUUAUUUUCUUCAUUUCUAAUUAUUGAUUUCUUCUCCAGGAUGGAUUUGAACUAGAAAGGAUGAAUAAGAUAAGACUUCAUGUGUAUUUCUUGUUAACUAUUAUUAUUGCAAGGACAUGAGGAAAAACAUCUCUUGGAACUGUAAUUUGAUAUUGUUCUGAGUUUUGAUUUCAGGUAUGAUUGUUUGAAUUUUCAUAAAGCUAAUAAUACACCAUUCAA